AUGAUCCGGCGAGUUGAUGGCUCAUUUGCGCUCCAGGACGGCAUACCUAUGCGAAUACUACAGCAAUCGACUGAAGAGAGUCAAGGGCAAGGGAUUGGACAACAGCUUACACCGGCAUAUCGGCCCGUAGCAACGCCACGGCCUUUAGAGACACCUCAACCUGCGACGACAUCUCAAAUGACACCUCAACAUACAGUGAUGUUUCAACCUGCACCAUCGCAUCAACCUGCACCAUCGCAUCUACCUGCACCAUUGCAUCAACCUGCACCAUCGCAUCAACCUGCGCCAUCGUAUCAACCUGCCCAUCGCAUCUACCUGCCCAUCGCAUCAACCUCACCAUCGCAUCAACCUGCGCCAUCGUAUCAACCUGCACCAUCGCAUCAACCUGCACCUCGUAUCAACUCUCAACCUGCACCAUCGUAUCAACCUGCACCAUCGUAUCAACCGCUGGACGGGUCUCACAACGGGAGGGAGUACUCGGAGGACGGGGAGGAUGGAGGUGGAGGGGACGAUGCCGAGUGGGAUGGGCAGGACGAAGGAGCGGUGUGGCCUGAGCAUGGCGAAAGAAUGGAUGUUGAGGGUGGAAUGACAGGAACGGUCGCACCAGCGGCUCAGGAGCGCCGUAACUCGGCUAGAUCUGUGCCAGUGGAAGCACAUGUCAGAGCCAACCAUGCGCUUUAA